AUGUCGGCGCAGCAAGGGGCUGAAGCUCUCAGGCAUAAGAUCGAUGAUCUGCUCGCGCAAGGGGUUGAAAUAGCGAUCCCGAUUCUCAAGGUCGUCAAUGCUACGGCUGAUUGGUGUCCCCCUCUAAAGAUGGCCACUGGCGGUGCACUCUCCAUCCUCGACGAGGUCCAGAAGUUCAAAGACAACAAGAAGGAAUGGGUUGAUUUCGGUCAAUACUUGGCCGAUACCGUGGUCGACGUGAUUUUAGCCAUACAAUCUUACGAUGCGUCAGCGGAAGAGGCAAACCCGUGGAUGGAGAGUGCCACAAAGCUCAAAAACGCUCUACAGGUGAUUGAGUCUGAAAUCAAAGGAAGACGAGAAAAAGUAGAGAAGCGACCGGCCCUAAUAAAUGCAGUUUCGUACUUGCGAGACCCAGGAAGGAUCAAUAGCCUCAAGAAAGAUUUUGACAAAGCAUUGGCAUCGUUUCAGCUUCGGACGAACUUGAUGACCGGUGCAAAAUUAGCGGCCAUGGAACGUCGCCAACAGGAUGAUAAAAUUCUCGAGAGUCUACGAUUCCCUCGUAUUGCCCUUGGCGAUUCUACUCAGGCGUGCCUAGAAGGCACUAGGGUUGAUCUUGCUGAGCGUAUCAUGACAUGGUGUCGCAACACUGGGGAGAGUCAGAAUCGGCUGAUGCUACUGACUGCUGUGGCUGGUGCUGGCAAGACUUCAAUCGCGCUCACGAUAGCAGAACGAUGUGCGAACGAAGGGGACGUUACCCUAUUACUGCACUUCUUCUUUAAAGCGGGUGAACGGGCGCGGCCUGAUUUCCUAUUCAUCGGUAUAGCUCGAGCCCUAGCAGACCACGACCCUGUUUACCGCACUUCCAUUAUCUCUGCUCUUAGAAUAGAUCCUUCUCUCCCAACAGCCUCACUUGCGAAGCAAUUCGAGAACUUGGUGGCUUCGCCUCUCCUCCGUGCACCUCCACCUUGCGGUCAUUCUAUGGUCGUCAUCAUUGAUGCUUUGGACGAGUGUGACAAAAAUGUGUUUUUACCCCUUGCCGAAAUCCUUAGGGAGGAGGUGCCCAAGCUACCAUCUUCGAUAAAAUUCUUUAUCACAUCGAGACAAUUUGAUCUCGUAAAUCGUUCCCUCUCCCCCGAUUACCCUAUCAAUCGACUCACUAUUGAUCUUUCGGAUGAGACAAACGUGCAGGACUGCUCGACAUACAUAAGUUUCCAGCUUCAAAAGCUGAAGAAAUUGCAUCCGGAAUUGCGCGAUAAUCUUCAGGAUGAGGACAAAAAAGUGCAGGAGAUCUUGGAACGAGCAAAUGGCUUGUUUAUUUGGGUCAGCACAAUCUUCCUCUACAUGGAGACGAACAGCAACGAUCCUAUGAGGACACUGGGGCGCCUGCUCGAUACUGGCACCAAACGUUCAAGGGUACCUGCUGAGGGAAUGAUGGAUCGCUUAUACACAACGAUUUUGAAAAGGUGUAAUUGGGAAGAUGAGGAUUUUGCGCACGACUACCCAAUUGUGAUGGGGGCAAUCGUUGCUGCACAGCAGCCUCUGUCGGUCACUGCCUGGGAUGUGAUUUUGUCACCAUUGCUCGAUUCUUCUGUCCGUUAUGCAUUGGCUGAACUUGCACCUCUUCUCUCGGGGGUUGAGGAUCCUCACAUCCCGAUUCGCAUCUUACACCAUUCAUUCCGCGACUUUAUUGUGGAUCGGAUCGAUCUCCGGUCCAUUGGCCCUGGUUGCACUCUGGUAGAUUUGAGGAUAGAGAAUGUCGGGAUUGCCUUGCGAUGUGCCGAGAUUCUGAACCAGGAUCUUUGCUCCGUGUCGGGCCUAGGACUGAUUGAAAACUUGUCCCGAAGGGAUGAAAUGCCGCGUAUUCCUCCAGAGGAGUUAUCUGAACACUUUCGUUAUGCAUGCCGUCAUAUUGUCCAUCACCUCAGAGGAGUCCAGGAACCAUCAGAAGAGCUCAAUCGGUCAGUUGGCAUGUUUCUCAGUCAGCAAGCAACUCGCUGGGUGGAAGUCUGUGUGAGAAUGGAGGGCUACAUCAGUAUCUCAUCACUCCCUGAGUGGGUCAAGUUGUCUGUUGACCACAGCUCGAAAGAUGCUGUCGACACACUGGCCAAUGUGCUUGCCGACCUUUCGUCGAAUUUGAUAUUUUUGUCAAGAUUCCAGGAGGCAGCUGAUGCAGUAAACGAUUCUGUUGUACUGUGCCGUUACCUUUUUUCUGUGGACUCAGUGUCCUAUACCCCGCAUUUAUCCCUGUCACUCAAUGAACUAUAUGUUGCUCUUUCCAAACUUGGACGGCACUCAGAGGCGCUCCCAUUCAUCGAAGAAAGUGUCAAACUCCGGCGUGACCUAGUUGCCGUUUGCCCAGAAUCAUACACAUUGCAUUUGGCCGGCUCACUUGACAAUCUCCGUGGUGCUCUUUCCAAUCUCGGACAGCACUCGGAGGCGCUCCCAUUCGUUGAAGAAAGUGUCAAACUGUAUCGCGAGCUAGUUGAUGUUCACCCAGCAUCAUACACACCUGAUUUGGCCAUCUCGCUCAGCAAUCUAUAUUUUGCUCUUUCCAAUCUCGGACGGUACUCAGAGGCGCUCCCAUUCAUUGAAGAAAGUGUCAAGAUCCGACGCCUACUGGUUGAAAUUAACCCAGGAGCACAUACCUCGGGAUUGGCCCAUUCACUUAAAAAUCUACGUCAAGCUCUUUCCAAUCUUGGACUUCAUUCCGAGGCACAAAUGAUCCAUGUUUGA